CAGGUUUACAUCCCCUGACCACACGCGUACGCUUCCUUACAUUCGAAAGCUGAUCACUUUACGAUGGCGCAACUCAACGGCACUGAAGAGGUUCAGCAACCAAACCCUGAUGUUCUCAAGAAGCUUGAGAUUGCCAAAGAGAAGAAAGACGUAGCCGACCAAGCAUUCAAGGGUGGGGACCUAAAGAGCGCUCUCAGAUCGUACUACGAGUCGAUACUGUAUCUGAAAGGAAUAGACAAGAAUGCACUCUCACCCAUAGCGGCGGCAACGACUUCUCCUCUGGACGGAACCUCACCUCCGAAACAGAGGACUGAGGCGGAUGAUAUCAUGGAAAAAAUCUACUCCAAUAUGUCUGCUUGUCAUCUGAAGCAAGGCAACUGGAAACGUGCCAUAGAGACGGCGGACAAGGCUCUAGCCUUAAAUGAGGAGAAUUACAAGGCUCUCUUCAGGAAGGCGAAGGCUCUUGGAGAGACAGGCUACUUCGAGAAGGCAGAGAAGAUUCUUGAAGACUUGCUGAAGAAGAAUGAAGCAGAUGCUCCUGCCAUCAAUGCUGAGUUUGCACGAUUGCGAGCGAUGGACAAGGAGCGGGAAAAGGUUCACAACCAAAAGUUCAAAGGUUUCUUGAAUCGGGACAAGAAGUCAGAAGUCGAUGCGUGAUUAGAAAGCUGUUGAAUGGUUGUGAAACGUGUGCUCAGUAGUCUGUACCAAAUCUAUUCCCUGCUUUCAUCUUAGCUUUCGUUGCACUGGUGUAGAAUACAAUUCGGUUUAUAUUGCGUAUGCGUGUACUCUAGGCCAAUACAUGGGCAUUUGUGAUUC